CCUUCUUCUCCAUCCGCCAUUUUCAAAAUCCAAUCAAACUCAACAAUGAAGAGCACUCAAAAUCUCCUAUCUGUGAUGCUCGUCUUCGCUUUCGGUUUAUUUUUCGGUGUCACUCUCAUUUUCCACCUCAAAGACAUCUCAUUCAGUCUCCGAUUCACCCAAUUCUCUCUCUCCACCACCCCCUCCGCCACCUCCACCGCCGCCCCUGCCGGAGUAGAUUUGGUAGCACCACCGUUGCCGGUUGAUUUGGGAUUAAAAGGGUUCCUGAAGCCGCCGGAACUUAUGCACCAUAUGACCGAUGAAGAGUUGAUUUGGAGAGCUUCCAUGGUUCCGAAAGUUAGAGAUUAUCCGUUUGAAAGAACGCCGAAGGUGGCGUUUUUGUUUCUGACCCGAGGUCCGGUGGUGUUGGCGCCACUUUGGGAGAGGUUUUUUAAAGGGUAUGAUGGUCUUUUCACCAUCUACGUUCAUAGCUCCGAUUCGUCGGCGAAGGUGACGGUACCGAAGGAUUCCGUGUUUUACGGCCGGAGAAUUCCGAGCAAGGAUGUUGAAUGGGGAAAAGUCAACAUGGUCGAGGCCGAACGUCGACUACUAGCAAACGCGUUGUUGGAUUUCUCGAACCAACGAUUUGUUCUUCUGUCUGAAGCUUGCAUUCCUUUGUUCAACUUUUCAACUGUUUACUCGUACCUCGUCAACUCAAAGCAUAACUUUGUGGAGUCCUAUGAUCUGGAGGGGGCCGUUGGUCGUGGUCGUUAUAGUAAGAAAAUGGCCCCCAUAGUGAAAAUUAAAGAAUGGCGAAAAGGGUCACAAUGGUUCGAGAUGGACCGUGACCUGGCCAUUGAGGUGAUAGCUGACAAAAUGUACUUCUCAGUUUUUCAUGACUUUUGCAAUGGUAAAUGUUAUGCAGACGAGCAUUACAUACCGACAUUUGUCACUAAGAAAUUCGGGGAAACGAAUUCUAAUAGAACUUUGACUUUUGUUGACUGGGCGAAAGGCGGACCCCACCCAACUAAAUACACGAGAAACGAUGUGACUAAAGAUUUUUUGAUGAAGUUAAGGAAUGAUAAAAGUUGCGAGUAUAACGGGAAGAAAAACCAAACAUGUCACUUAUUUGCAAGGAAGUUCACAUCUCAUGCUUUGGAUAGAUUGUUAAGAAUUGCACCAAAACUUAUGCAAUUCAACCUAUAGCUUUCUUUUCUAAAAUGUUUAUUUUGAUUUAUCUUCUUGAAAUUA